AUGACAGAAGUUAUUCCUCUCAAUAGCCACGAUGGCAGCGAAAGCAACGAUCACGAUUCUACUCCCUUGAGACACAAGGAAGAGCCCACCGACUUCGAAAAGCCCCCUCGUAGAUCUAUCUGGAUGGACUCGUGGCUUCUCGAGUCGAUCGCAUUGGCAUUCAGCGUGGCCUGUUUUAUCGCUAUUUUCGUCGUUUUGUAUGUACACGAUGGCAAACUGCGGCCUGAAUUUGGUCACGGUAUCAAUCUUAAUACGAUCAUCUCAAUACUGGCAACAGGAUGCAAAUCAGCGCUAGUCUUUGCGGUGGGGGAAGCAAUUGGACAAUUGAAAUGGCUAUGGUUUCAAAAUCCCAUGGAAAGCCAAAGCCAACUUGUCAGCAUACAGAGAUUUGAUGCUGCAAGUAGGGGCCCUCUUGGCUCAAUCAUGAUUCUUUUCCAUCAUCGCGCCUGUUCUCUUGUAUCAAUCGGCGCUGGUGUCAUUGUUCUCUUGCUGUCAUUUGAUCCAUUUGUGCAGCUGGUUCUAUCAUAUCCUGUUCGCCUAACUGAUGAUUCAAGUGCAGCAUCUGGAGCAACUGCACCGCAGCUCCGUGGAUACAUUACCUCAAACUAUGACACGGAUGAUAUAGGCAUUGCUUAUACUGAAGGGUUUUACUCUCAAAACCAGGACUUCGAAGUCACUCCUUUCUGCUCGUCUGGUAAUUGUGCCUGGGAUGUAUUCUCAUCAGUCGGCAUUUGCAGCCGAUGUUCCAAUAUGACCACAACCGCCAAACUGAAUUGCGAAUCUGCGUCGACAAACGCUAUCCAUAAAAACUGCAAUAUCUCGUUGCCAGGGGGCUUCGUCUAUAAUUUUGACUUCGUUCAGAACAAAACCGACACCCUCAUUGUGGACUUCGACAAAGACACAAAUGACAAGAUCACGGUCGACAUGGUGACCUUCCCGAGUCCAAUACUUUGGCAGCCAUUCUCCUUCAACGCAUCGUGGAUCUCUCAGAUAUCGAGUGAUGCGGUGGACCGUCAACCGCCCGAGUUCCCCAACGCUACACUAGCUGGUGUGAAGAGCCCACAGUUGGCAACAGUGUAUAUCGAACUUGGGCUAAGUGACAGUUCCAUCCCACCGAAUGUGUCUGCUAUAGACAGAUUGUUCAUCAGAAAUGUUACUGCUUGCAGCCUCUCCACAUGUCUACGUGACUAUGAGGUACUUGUGGAUAAUGGAUUACCCUCGAUCAACACCUAG